UGGAACACACCAAGAACAAUAUAAGGGUGAUUUUCUGAGAUCUAUAACAAUCUCAAAUCAUAUGUUGAAAAUCCAACUUCUUCUUAGAGUUAGUUGUUAGCGUGCUUAACUUAACAGCCAGUGAAACCUACCCUCUCUCACUGGUUUGCCCUUCUCUAUCUCCACUCCCCUCUUUUCAUUCCCCACUCAGUCUAUUUCUGUCCGUCGCUGAGUCAGAUGGACAGCUCCUGACUUAGAAUGACACAAACAGGCAGACCAACUCCUCCGAAUUCAGACUGGUUGAAAACUAGAGGACUCUAAAAUACACAGAAAAACAUCACUGGGAACUGCAAAGGGAGAGCUGGAGGAUAUUACCAAGAUGGAGGAAUGUGGGAGUCUGGACUCGGAAAUGAGAGAGCUGCAGGAGUUUCAGUGUGAAGCUUCAGAAGCCAUCAGCCUGGAUGAUGAAGAUGAGGUGGAGGAACUGCAAAACAGUCUGCGAGAAAUUGUCCAGGACCAGUCGGUGAAGCCCAAACUCCAGUGCCUGAUGGUGGAUCCAGCAUUUUCCAUGGUAACAGUUCAGAGCGAGGACAGUGGUAUUGUUUGGGAGACGGCCUCUAGCCGCUGCUCUACUCCUUGGGCCUCUGAAACGAGCUCCAUCUCUGAAGCCUACAGCAUGGAGGGCUCUGGAGCUGCAGGAAAGAUCACCAUCGUCUUUGAUGAGGAGAAAAUAGUCCGCAGGAGGACAAGGUCUGGAGGAAGGAGCAGCAGGCUGGGGGACAGGCUUAGCCGACCUGGUAGCUCAAGAUCGGCUUCAGCUCUGGGAGUGGAGAGACUGGAGAUGGCAGAGGUUUCUCUCCCCAAUGUAAAACAGGAGAAAACUGAAACAGAGUCGGACUUGGAGGAAAUCAAAAACAAAGACCAGCAAUUGUUUAGUUUGAUUUCAGAGGGUUAUGAGAUUCUCAACAUCAGAGUCCCCUCCAAACUUCCCACUGUGGAUGAGGAGGAGAGCACAGAGCUGCAGGAUAAUUUGUCCUAUCUGGACCAGACUCCAAAGAUCAGGUCCCGCGACCACAAGUACUGGACACAGCAACAGAAUCAUGUUCUGCCAGAGGAGGUGGAAAUACAGGAUCACCAAGAGCCCUCAAAGCAAGAUUCUUCUCAGCCAUCAGCAGACAAAGAAUCUGGACACACAACCACUCAGAGAGACCGCACCAGUGACAUUGACUACUUCGAGAAGUUUACCCUUUUGGAUGAAGCAGUCCCUGGAGAAAAAGCUCCAGAGCUGCAGGAGGAGGCAGAACAGCCUGCAGUGAAAGCCCAAACAGAGGAGCAAAAAACCCCUAAGGAGACAGCCAGAGACAGCCCCACUGCAUCAGAAGACUCUUUUGUCUUUGUUACAGAUGUCGAGAUAGUGGGGGAACACCUGGAUGAGGUCUUCUAUGGAGAAGGAGCUCCUGCUGAUUUACAGCAGCGGAGAGACGACGAAGAGGCGGAGGGUGGAGGAAGGAUGAGAACGAGACAAGAGAGCCAGAGAUCAAUGAAGGAGAGUGGUUCAGUGUUGUUUGGGAGUGAAGAGACCAUCCUCACACCCAUCUAUAUCUCCCCCGGACCCCCAAAGAUCAUUGACCCCAUCCUCCUGGAGGAGCCCACCGCCAUGUCUUUCAUGUACUCUGACCUUUAUGAGGAUGCUGUAGGUGAGAGGAGGAAGAGUGACGAGGAAUACUCAGAGGCAGAAAGUGUGGCAUCUGAGAAGUCUUAUAAGAGAUGUUUGUCAGAUUCAGAGGAGCCGGAGGGGUACCUGGAGAAGUUUAUUUUGAAGGAUGAAACUCCAAAUGAGGAGAUUCAACCAGAGUCAGUGGAGGAUAAGAGGGAGUGGAGGAUGGUGUGGUCACAGAGUAAGUUUGAAAUGACAGGAUGUCUCACAAGGGUCGUCAAAGAAGAAGAUGAGGACAAGACAAAGACUCAGGAGGUCAGUGCUGGAGACAGGAGUGAAGAUCUACAAUCAGCAACAUUUGAAGAGAAAAGAGAAAUAAUAACAAAAACAGAAAAGGAGAGGGAGGAACUACAACUCUGCAUGGUGACUGAAGGGCAGGCUGCCAGAGAAGCCUCAGAAGAAUCAAUUCAGGAGUCUAAACUGACAGAGGAUCAGGUGGAGGGUAAGGAAAUGAAACAUGAGAUUAAAAGAGACCAGGCUGAGCCUGCUGAGAGCAGCACUGAUGACUCACUUCCUGAAAUUCAAGAGGUGGACAGAAAAUUAGAAAAAACAGAGAGAGGGAGUGAGGAGCAUCAAAAAGAAGAGCACAAAAGAAAUGUAAUUGAAACCGAGCAGCCAUGGACCCAGCCAACAGCUGAAGUGCAUGUAAAAGCUACACAGGAAACAGCAAUAAAAGCACCUGCAAGCAGUGAGGUGCCAAAGAUUGACACUAAAUCAGAAAUACAAACAGAAACCACUGAAAUUGGCUUGUCUGGGGAGGCAGCUACUGACACUCAGAUGGUGGCUGCUGAUGAGAAAGUAGGAACCGAGGCCAAACCAGGGGCCUCAGUUUUAGUCAAAGAACCUGAGAUGGUGAGAUGCGAAAUGCUCCCCUCCACUGAGCCCUCAGGUGAAAUAGAGACAUCAGCUGAAAUAUCACUGUGUGUGGAAAAAGGAGCAGCAGAAGUAGCUCCUGAAGAUGUUGCACCUGUUGAGGCCACCGCCGACUGUGACUGUGGAGUAAACGCAGUAGUGGAUGUCACUGAAAAAGGAGGGAACAAAAAAGAGAUUCAAACCCAAGUUCAGGUUGAUCUUCAGGAAGUAACAAGGGCUGAGACAACAGAUGUUAAAAAAGCAGCUCCUGAAGGAGAAAAAGAACAUGAAGCUCUGAAAGGGGAAACAGCUGCAGCUGAGAAUCGGUUGCCUGAAUUUAUUAUUCAAGCUGAUCAGGGGUCAGAGGUUAAAAGUGAGAUUUUAAGUGAAGUAAUUGAACGUGAGAUGCAAGAGAUAGUCAAGACAGAUUCGGAUAAGAAGUAUCAUGAAACCCUUGAACCCCUCCAGUAUCAACAAGAGGAGUCAGAUAGUGAAUCAGACAAAACAAAGCUGACAGCUGAAGUCAAAGCUAAAGCUAAAGCACCAACAGAGGACACUGGGCCUGUUGUUCAGGAGGCGGUGAAUGUAGGUGAUGAGUUAGUCCUCCUUGUUCCCAAAGGACAAGCUGUAGAGAUGGACAUUGAUAUUGGUCAGUGGUCAGACCAGACCACAAGUGAUGCAAAAGCUAUCCCUGAACCCGAUAGCACAUGUGAACGUCUCAUAGCACCUGAGGACAUUCCUACACCGACUGAAGAAAUAAAGACAGAGCCUCAGUUGGAAGUAGAACCAGAAGUUGGUGUAGAGGUGGAAGAACUACCCAGAAAUGACUUAGACAGGGAGUACUCACCACCUGCACCUGUGGAGGAGGCCGACACAGAGGAGAAGAAGAUGGAGGAGGACUUCGAAGAAGAUGAGUUUGUGUAUUCCCCUUUGAGGAGCUUUACUCCCCCGGAGGAUUUAUGUGGGCUACACGGAGAGGAGAAACUAGCAGAAGAAGCAGAAGUAGAACAAAGGGCGGAGACGCACAACGUGGAAGAUGCCCCAGAAGCAAUCAUUAUUAAAGGGGAUGUAGGUCCAGAUAUUGAUCUGCACAGAGAAGAUAUAGGGCAAAAGAUGGAGCAAGGUGAGGUGGAUGCAGAGGCUCCAGAAGUGCCUGCCGAGGAGCUUGAAUACGAGUUGAUAUCUAAACAGGAUGCAGAGGAGAUGCCAGAACCCGAAAUACAGAGAGAUGCAGAGGAAUCAAGACCUGAGUCUGGUCAGGACAGAGAAGACAGGAUGAAGUUGGGGAUGGAGAUGGAGGGGAAUGUGUUUGAACUGUCCCCAGAAGAAGAACUCAUUGAGGCUGACUAUGAAAUCAUUGAUGCAGAGGAGGAGAUUCAGGCCCGACUGGCUGCUGAGCUGCAAGGAAUGGACUGGUUCUGUUUCACCUGUGGAUGUCUGCUAUCAGAGGACAGCUGCGUUUCUGGAGAGCAUCACAGCCAUGAGGUGACUGCUGUGGACAAAGCCUAUGAGGAAAUCAAGGAGACGCUGAGUGACUGGAUCUCGGUGCUUCAGGGGAGGUCAGAGAACAUUGAGGACUUGGUGUCUGAACUGGAGCUGGCCUACAACUCUGUAGAGGACCAGUGUGUGGAGAGCGGGUCAGCGAUGCAGGCACAGAAUGAGGAGAUGAUGGCUCUGGUGAUGGAACAGUACAACAACAUGUCCGUCAGCAUGGAGGAGGAGAAAAAGGUUAAGCUGGAGCAGCUGUAUGACCAGAUCGUCUCCUUCCAGGAGAAUAUUGACUCAGCCAAGGCCACUCUAGAGACGACGGCCAGAGAGGCUGAGACUGACGCACGGUCACCUGAAGACAUUAAUGCAAGGCUAAGGGCAGCUCUUGACUCAGCCAUGUCACUGGAGCUGGGUCCCAAGGGACUGUUGGUGUUCGAGGACUACGCCAAGGGCAACACUACCAGUUCACACCUUGCACAGCGCAAGGGGAUUCCAGUGCCUCAGAGGCCCACGCUGCAGCCCCAGGAACCAGGUUCAGCCACCAGCACCAGUGUCACUGUUUACUGGAAAGUCAACCCUGGAGAUAUCAUAGACUGCUUCCAGGUCUACUGCAUGGAGGAUCCACAAGGAGCUGUGUUGGAGGAGUACCGUGUGACAGUGAAGGAAAGUUACUGUGUCUUGGAGGAGCUGGAGCCUGACAAGACGUACAAGGUGUGGGUGAUGGCUGUCAACUAUACAGGCUGCUCCCUGCCCAGCGAGAGACUCGCCUUCACAACUGCUCCGUCAGUCCCAGUGAUUGACACAGAGCGCUGUAGUGUCAUGUGGGAUUCGGCCACGCUGAGGUGGCAAAAACGGACCCUCGGAGAUAGUUACACCUUGGAGUACUGUCGCCAGUAUGAACUGGAGGGAGAGGGGCUCAGAUCCAUCUCAGGUAUCAAAAGCUGUGAACAGAGGGUUCUCCUGCAGCCCAAUGAGAAUUACCUGUUUUACAUCAAGGCUGUGAAUAAGGCCGGAUCCAGCGAACAGAGCGAGGCUGCACUCAUUUCCACAAAAGGGACGAGGUUCCACCUGCUGAAAGCCUCAGCUCACCCUGCUUUGGAGCUGUCAGUGGACCGGACCACCCUGCACUAUUCCCAGGACACAUAUGAAAACACACCGCUCACAGACAAACAGUGUCCAUCCAUUCUGGGUGAGUUGUUGCCGGCACGAGGGCACUGCUACUGGGAGACAAUUGUGUCAGGAAGUACAGCUUACAGACUCGGAGUGACAUACAGCACAGCUGAUAGAGUCAGCUCACUGGGAGAAAACAGCCUGUCGUGGUGUUUGCACUGUAUCCCUACACCAUUAGGCUGCACGUAUCAGUUGCUGCACAAUGACGUUCAGUCCAGUGUGUUUGUGAUUGAGAUGCCUGAGCGAGUAGGUACUCUCCUGGAUUACCAGCUUGGUCGUCUUUCUUUCUACAAUGCCCAAAGUGGUCAGCUGUUAGGUACCUUCAGCCAGCGCUUCACCCAGCCGUGCCACCCUGCUCUGGCCCUGGAGAUGCCGGGCAGCCUGGAGGUCAGCAUGGUGCUGGAUUUGCCGGAGUUUACCAAGGAAAGCUAGCUUUGCUAGCUGUCUCCCAUGCUGAAGAGUUUACAGGUCAUGUUGGACAUUUGUUAAUCUGAAUGAUCCUACUUUAUAAUGAUUAAAAUGACCAUUAUUGCAUUACAGAGAAGGGUGCCGAUAUGAUAAGACAUAAAAUAUACUAUCCACAGUAAAGGCAGAAGUCACACUUGGGUCUCAGUUGUUUAAAGAGACCUCAUUGAUGGGUUUGUUUUUGUAAAAAGGGACUUGAUCAGUUUAGAGCUCAAUUUAAAAACUAAUUUUCUCUGAUUGAACACGAACUAAAUUCAACAUGUCAAUUUUUUUUGGCAGCAGAAAUGAAACUGUCGUGUAUAUAUCAAAAACAGAGGUAAUGCAAAUGAGCAAUUAAGGUGUGCAAUACAACUGGAUAGAAACUGUGUGCCUUGAAAUUUUUUUCACAGGUGAGUGUCUUGUACUUUGUUUUGCCAAGGGAGAGGUGAAAUGUUGUCAAUCAUUUUGUAAUUUUGUCCGUAAAGUGACAGUUUUGUAAAUGUCCUAUGAUUUAUUCCUUUGCAGUUGUCUCUUGUUCCUUCAAACCCGUACUGAUCUAAUACCAAGUAAAGGCUCUGGCAACAUAUUGAAGUCAAAUACGCGUUGUAGCAUCACUGAGACAAACAAGUUAUAAUUCAAGUCUUUUGUCACCCCAAGGUUUAGACACUGAGUUUAUAUCCCCAAAAGAUAUACUGUAGCACUUUCUGAAUUGUGUUUCAUAUUGUGAAUAGGUCUAUUUUGUGUAAAUAACCUUUGUAAACAGAUGUGUUCAGCUCUCUAUUUUGUUAUGUGCAACUGAUGGCAAACGCGGAUUAAGUGUUUUUCUUUUCCCUGUCUUGUAAACUGAUUUUCUCAUCCGAGCUGAAUGAACAUGAUUAUUUUUUCUAUUUGCACAACUUGACUGAUUAUUUUGACUCAGCUCACUAGUUCUAUAACAUACAUUCGCCACCAGAGGGCCUCAGGACUCCAUUAGCUGUAAUAUUGGCUCAAAAGUUUCCAAAAAGGAUUUAUUCGUCCUCUUGUAUUAUGUAAGACCAGUUUUUUCAGGGAUGAAAUGCAGGGCAGUUGGUGGCAAACCUGCACCUUAAGAUGAGAGAUUGAGUGGACAUACACAUUACAUGCUCUACAACUCUAACACAGAGAU